AUGUCCGGCUUCUUUCAAUCUCUGCGCUUGAAAUGCGCCGCCUUUUUCGUUCGGAAAAUGGCGAACCGUGCGCAGCGUUCUGGAUACGCUCUCGAGCUUCCAACUCAGAGGCAGCUUAUCGAAAUACCUACGCGCGAUGCCAAUCGCAAGAUUCGCGUUUGGGCUUAUCCCCCCCCGGGCUGGGAACGCUCACUGAAGAGGCCAGUCAUGAUCAACUGGCAUGGGAGUGGAUUCACUGUUGGAGGAUUCGGUCUCGACCAUGUGUGGUGCACUGAAGCGGCGUACGACGUUGGUAUCUGGGUGAUUGAUGCCGACUACAGAAAGGCGCCUGAACAUCCAUUUCCAGCCGCUGUCCACGAUGCCGAGGACGUGCUGAGAUGGGUGUCCACCCGACCAGACCUUUUCGAUCUGGAUCGUGUCGCCGUUUCGGGCUUCGCCUCUGGCGCAACUUUGGCCCUGGUGGCUGCUUCGACGUUGCGUCGGGCAUCUCAUGGACUCAACAUCAGGGUGCCAGUCGCCUUCUAUCCCAUCACCAACUGCGAUGUCGACCCUGUACACAAGAAUCCCCCGCACCGGCAACGCUUUACGCCUCUGCCUGUAAACACCAUACGCUUCUUCAAUGACUGCUACGUGCCGAAUCAAGACGACCGACAUGAUCCGCGAGCCUCUCCGGACCUUGGCGACCUGGAGUCGUUUCCAGACUAUGUAGUUUUCAUCACCGCGGAAUUCGACAUCUUUGCGGAAGAGGGGGCCGCGUUGGCCGACAACUUGCGCAACGGUCGCCGAACAGUCGUCAAUUACAUGGUACAGGGGGAAAACCACGGUUUCGACAAGGGCGUUAUCCGCGGAGAGUCCGAAAACCGAAGAGCCGCUGCAUACGCGAUAGCCAUCGACUCUUUGGAGAAUGCUCUCCAAGCCACCCCUCUAUUAUUUCCCCAGGCGCCUCGCCACGCGGGAGAUGCUGAAAGGCUGAGAGCUCUUCUUGAAUCGGGAUAUCGAGGGGGCGAUCAACAUCUUGUCAAUCGGUGGAUUUACCUCUCUAGAGCUUGA